GAGCGUGUUAUAAAAGGCCUCUGCAUCUCCCUCUUCUCAAAACAGCGCCUCCCCUUGUUUUCUCUCAAACAACUCUUUCUUUUUUCACUCUUAGAGAGAGAUUCUUGAGAGAGAAAGCUUCAUCUUCAUCAAUGGCGUUCCUGUCUUUCUUUGGCAGAGUUCUCUUCGUUUCUGUCUUCAUUCUCUCCGCUUGGCAAGAGUUUCAAGACUUUGGUGAAGAUGGGGGAGCAGCUGCAAAGUCCCUUUCCCCAAAAUUCCAUACUGCCUCAAAGCAUUUCACCACCCGUACGGGGCUGAAAGUGCCAGAUUUUGAAAUCAAAAUAGCAGUUGCUGCAGUGAUUGCCUUCAAGGGUGUUGGAGGGCUUCUAUUUAUCUUUGGCAGUACUAUUGGGGCAACUCUUUUGCUUGUGCAACAGGCAUUUGUGACACCAAUCUUAUAUGACUUCUAUAACUACGAUCUUGACAAAGCAGAAUUUGCUCAACUUUUCGUGAAGUUCACUCAGAAUUUAGCUCUUUUUGGGGCACUUCUGUUUUUCAUCGGAAUGAAGAAUUCAUUGCCCAGGAGGACAAUCAAGAAAAAGGUGGCCACGAAAAGCAAGACUAAUUAAAGAAGAAAUGAAUGGUAUAAGAUGUGGAACCUGCAACUUUUAUGUUCCUGAAUUGCCAGGACAUUUUUGUAUCCAUAUAUUAGGCCGAGGCUUUCUCUUUUGCAAUUGUAUUCUAAUUCUGUUACGAAAUAGUACACGUCUCUUCUCUUUUUUAUUUUUAGUCCAGGUUCAAAAAUAUUCCUAGACAGAUUUAAAUAUUAUAAUUUGAAUUUUA